AUGGAAAUGAAGCAUACUCUAUCACAUAAUAUAAUCAAAUCACCGACCCAGAAGGACUUCAACUACAUGUUCCAAUGGCUAUAUCACCGUAUUGAUCCGAGCUAUCGCUUCCAGAAAAACAUCGACCAAGAAGUCCCUCCGAUCUUAAAGCAGCUACGUUAUCCUUAUGAGAAGAGCAUCACCAAAUCACAAAUCUCCGCGGUGGGUGGCCAAAACUGGAGCACCUUCCUGGGGUUGCUCCAUUGGAUGAUGCAGUUAGCACAUAUGCUUGAGGGCUAUUCGUCUAAUCGCUACGAUGAAGCCUGUAUUGAGAGUGGAAUAGACGUUAUUAGCGAUCAUAUUGUUUUCGACUUUCUGAGCUCAGCGUACCGCGACUGGCUUGCUAUGGAUGAGGACGCUGGUGAUGAUGAUGCUGAGAAAGUACUUGGACCCCACGUGGAAGAUAUGGCGGGGGCUUUCGAGAGGUCCAACUCCAAAUACCUAUCGGAACUUGAGAUGCUCGAAGCGGAAAAUGCUAGGCUACUCAAGGAGAUUGAGGAUCUCGAGAAGUCUACUCCAGAUCCCCGUGUUCUCGACAACCACUUCAAAAUUAUGGAGGAGGACAAAGUCAAGUUCGAGGAGUAUAAUGCGUUGGCUUUAUCGAGAUCUGACAAAUACGAAAGCCGCAUCCAAGUUUUACAAGAAGAACUUGACAAACUGAUGGAGGAACUAAGGGAAGCAGAGGAAGAACGCCGCGCAUUACAGAAGGAGGUUGACGACCAAGGUAUCAGCAUGCAGGAUAUCGACCGCAUGACUUCCGAACGUGAAAGGUUACAGAAGGCGGAGAAGGAGAUGGAAGCCAGCCGUAAGCUCGACGAGCUAGAGAGGCUUGUCGACAAGUACAACACGCUCGCUUACCAAAUCGGCCUCAUUCCUGCGACCGCUGUCAAUGCCAAGGGCGUUGCAUACGAACUAGCCGUGACCGUCAACGAGUCGGACUUUACAGGCUCUAUAAUGAAGGGAUCAUACUCGGGUGGAGGGGGGAGCGAACGCCUACUUGCCGAUUCUGUGACAGGCUACCAGCCAGCACAUAUCCUCAACCUGGAACUGCGCGGACACGUUAAGAACAACUUCCUAGCUUUGCGCAAGGAUAUCUCGGAGCGACGGACUGCGGCCAUGGAUGCUAUGAUGAAGGACCACGAUCUGCUUGACGGCAUUAAGGAGGCAAUUGAAGACAAGCGGAACGAGGUCGAGGCUCUGGAACACAGAGUCAGGGCGGCAGAAGAGGAGUCACUACGACGCAAAAACUCGCCUCCGAUGCGCAGAUUGAGAAGAUGGAAAAGGAACUCGCCAAGAUGCGAGCCCAGCUCACCGAAUCCGUUCAGCUUAUGGAGCAGAGGGAUGAACACAAACAUUGAAUAUGAGCAAUUAACCCUCCGAGCCAACGCGCUACGCGAGGAGCUACACACAGAGAUCGAGAGGAUGCUCAACGACAUCAUCAAGUUCAAGGUGCACAUUCAGAAGAACCUAGAAGACUACGAGGGCUUCGUGACGGACGAGCUCGAGAAGGAGCUCGGCAGCGACGAGAUGCAGGAUGAUACCCGUGGUUUUGGUUGGAUGGGUGCGGAUGAUGACCGUAAUGAGGACUCCGUGGACGUUAUUGAAUAUGGGUGGGAACGGAUGCCUGAUCUAGAAAAGUGGUCCUCCCUCAUCCUCUCCUACACCCGCCAACACCGCAUCUACCGCCUCUCCCUAUCCUACGACGGAACCCCCUACGAGCCCCUCUUCCGCAACCGCAAGCUAGGCCGCUCUUUACGCCUCUCCGACGCCCGGGAAAUCUUCGAGUUCAUGCGCAAGGAGGGACGGGCGGAACCCGUCGCGGCUGGGAAAGACGGGAGUGGGAGUGGGAGUGGAGGUGGAGGUGGGUUAAGUGGUGGAGGAAACGGCGGCGGGGGGGAUGUCUACUGGGUGUACUGGCGGACGCCGGAGGAGUGGGCGGGUUUGAUCGAGGCCUGGGUUGAGGAGACGGCGCAGAAGGGCGCUGUGUUGACGUUGUAUGAGUUGACGGAUGGGAGGCGACGAGGGGGACUGCAAGACAACGAAUACAGCAAAAGCUAUGAGUAUGAAAAUCUACCCACGCUAACACAAAUCACAGAAUUCUACGGUCUCGACCCCGAGCUCCUCCAAAAAGCGCUCCAAGUCCUCGUCAAGCGCGGCAAAGCACAAAUCUUCGGCCAAGAAGACCAGCAAGGUGUUAAAUUCUUCUAA